AUGACAGAGGUGACCAAGCACAUCCUGGUGACAGGUGGCACUGGCUUGGUGGGAAGAGCCAUCCAGCAGGUCGUGGCUGAUGGAGAGGGACAACCAGAUGAGGAGUGGAUCUUCGUGUCCUCGCGCGACGCCGACUUGACGAGCAGCUCAGAGACCAAAGCUCUGUUUGAGAGGCACAAACCCACCCAUGUCAUCCACCUGGCUGCCAUGGUUGGAGGCCUCUUCAAGAACAUCCGCUGCAACCUGGAGUUUUGGAGGAGGAACAUCCACAUCAACGACAACGUCCUGCACUCAGCCUACGAGAUGGGGGUGCAGAAAGUUGUCUCCUGCCUCUCCACCUGCAUCUUCCCAGACAAGACAACGUAUCCCAUCGAUGAGACCAUGAUUCACCAUGGACCACCUCACAGCUCCAAUUUCGGUUACUCUUACGCCAAGAGGAUGAUUGAUGUCCAAAAUAGGGGCUACUUCGAGCAGCAUGGCCGUCGCUUCACCGCCGUCAUCCCCACCAACGUCUUUGGGCCACACGACAACUUCAACAUCGAGGAUGGACACGUCUUGCCAGGCCUCAUCCACAAGGUCUACCUGGCCAAACAGACCAACUCCCCUCUGACCAUCUGGGGCACAGGAAAGCCCAGGAGACAGUUCAUCUACUCCCUGGACCUGGCACGGCUCUUCCUUUGGGUCCUGCGGGAAUAUGAUGAGGUGGAGCCCAUCAUCUUGUCAGUGGGAGAAGAAGAAGAAGUCUCCAUCCAGGAGGCAGCAGAAGCGAUCGUAGAGGCCAUGGACUUCAAGGGAGAACUUGUUUUUGACACCACCAAGGCCGAUGGGCAGUUCAAGAAGACGGCGAGCAACGCCAAGCUGCGGCGGUACCUGCCUGGCUUCCAGUUCACACCCUUCAGGCAAGCCGUGAAGGAAACCUGUGCCUGGUUCAAUGCCAACUACGCCAACGCCAGGAAGUGA